AUGUUCUCCAGGUCCCUCCGUGUCGCUUCCCGCGCGAUCCUCACCACCUCUGUCCGCCCCUCCGCCGCUCCCGCCCGCCAGCUUGCACCUGCUGUUGCCGUCGGCGCGACGAGGGCAUACCACGAGAAGGUGCUGGACCACUACUCCCGCCCCCGCAAUGUCGGUUCCAUGCCCAAGGGCGACAAGGACGUCGGCCAGGGCCUCGUCGGCGCUCCCGCCUGCGGUGACGUUAUGAAGCUCAACAUCCGCGUCGACCCCAAGACCAACACCAUCUCCGAUGUCAAGUUCAAGACCUUCGGCUGCGGCUCCGCUAUCGCAUCCUCCAGCUACCUGACCGAGCUCGUCCGUGGCAUGACUUUGGAGCAGGCCGGCCGAGUGAAGAACACUGAGAUCGCCCAGGAGCUCAAGCUUCCUCCCGUCAAGCUUCACUGCAGCAUGCUUGCCGAGGACGCCAUCAAGGCCGCCAUUUCUGACUACUACACCAAGAACCCCAACGCGAAGCCCACCAACCUCGCGGGCACCGAGGCCAAGACCGAGGCCCCCGCCGCCGCUUCCGCAUCCGCAUCCGCAUGA